GCGGUCCCGGAGCGCCCGCGAAGGGGCGGGAGGCGGCCACAGGGGCGCUGGGGCGCGGCCAGGGGAGGCGCCCAGGAGGCGGCGCCGGCUGAAGAGGUCGCCUCAGCCUCGAGCCGCCGUCGGAGCUCUGGAGCGAGCGAGUCCGCUGCGCACAGCACCGCAUCCACCGCGCCUCGGCCAUGGGUGGCACCGCCUCCAGCCAGCUGGACGAGACCCGGAGCGCCUACAUCCGAGGGAAAACGGAGGCUGUACUGAAGAACUUUGGCCCCUACUACAGCGGCCAGUAUGCUGUGGCGUUCUGCAGCCAUGUGCACUGCCAGGUGGAACAGCACAGAGAUGCUGUUACUCAGCUCCUGAAGACCAAGCCCCCUUUGGAGCCAGGCACUGUUUUGUAUGAAGCAGAGGUGAUGCAGUUUGCUGAAGACUUGAAGAAAUGGAGGGAGAGGUACAUUGUCAUCAAAGACGACUUUGCCAUGGAGAGUUACGAGAGCAGAGAGGCCUAUCAGAAAGGAGCUGUUCCCAAAAGCAGAGUUCUCCCAGUAGAUGGCAAGGUGUUCACCUCGGAGGCUGAGUACAGCCUGCUGGCCGACAGGCACUUCCCGGAUCCCACGGGCUCCAGCGAGGACUCCUCGCAGCUACUGGCAGCCCCGCCCAGGGAGUUCCCAGUGUUCCUGUGGCAGCCCUUCCUCAGACACGGCUGCUUCUGCUUCGCCGAGGCCACUGCCCAGCGGAGGUUCAGUGCCACCCUGCGCGACUGCAUCCGCAGGCUCAAUCACGAUUACAUGAAGCAGACAACGUUUGAGGCGCGAGCCUUCCUGGCGGCUGUGCAGUUCUUCCAACAGGAGAAGGGCCACUACGGUGCCCAGCAAAACAUCACUGGUGACGAAGUGCAGGUGCUGAGCAGCCUGGUGAUGGAAGAGCUCCUGCCUGCCCUGCAGGCCGAUCUGCUGCCCAGCAUGAAGGGGAAGAGGAAUGACAGGAAGAGGGCAUGGUUCGGGCUGCUGGAGGAGGCCUUCCACCUGGUGCAGCGACAGGUGGCAGAGGGUCUGCGUGCCCUGAGGGAGGAGUGCCGAGCCCUAACUGAGGGCCUGGACGGAAAGAUUCGUGCCGACAUGGACCAGAUUGUCAACUCCAAGAACUUUCUAGCCGGGAAGCUUGGAGUGAUGUUGGCGCAGCCGGCAGAGGAGAUCUGUGCAGAGAGCGUGCGGCCGUUCCUAGCGUCUGUUCUGGAUGAGCUGCUGGGGCCCGUGAGCUCAGGGUUCAGGGUGGUCCGCUCCCUCUUCGAGAAGGAAGUGGAUGAACUCUGUCAGGGCUUUCAGACCAGCGCAAACAGCAGCCAGCUGCAGGAGCACUUAGAUCACCUCCUGCACCUGCCACUGGACCCCGUGAAGAUGGAGCUGUGCUACAGCGAGGCCAGCCUGCUGCAGGAGGGCCUGCGGGACCUCAACAGCCGCUUUUGCUUCUCCCAUGUCGACCUCCUGGUGCAGAGGACCCAAAACCACAUGCAGGAGCUGAUGGAGAAUGCGGUGUUCACGUUCACACAGCUGCUUGCUCCCCACCUGCAAGGAGAGCCCACCAGAACUUCAGCAGCCAUGGAGAAGGUGAAGCUCCGCGUGCUAAAGCAAUAUGACCAUGACAGCAGCUGUGUCCGCAAGAAGCUCCUGCAGGAAGCCCUGGUGCAGAUCGUACUACCCACGGUGCAGAAGGCUCUAGCUCCCACCUGCAAACCGGAGCUGCACAGGUACGAGCAGCUCAUCUUUGCCGACCACUCCCGCAUGAUCCAGGUGGACAGUGUCUAUGAGGAGGUCUUGCAGCAACUCCUGCUUGGGGAAGUCCUGAGAGUGAUCGGGGAAGCUGCCGUGCUGAAGAAACACAACCUCUUUGAGCAGGGCAUGGCCUUGGCCAGCGAAAGUGUUUCCAGCUUGACUGAUCUGAAAACCCCAAUUGGGUCCGACCAGGCCAGCCCUGCCCGGCGAGCCUCAGCUACACCGCAGGAAGUCCCCGGGAGCGAGGGCCCGGGUCAGGGUGCUGGCAGCCAGCCCAAGGAAGAGGUGCAGCCUGGACCCCCAGCCCCUGGUGGGGGUGGGCAGGAGGUUCCCGCUGCUACAGCUCCUGUAGCUGCAGAGGCUGGGGCAGAGUCGGGGUCCACGGGGCACCCCCAGGACCUGGAACCUUCCCCGAGGCCACCAGAAUCCACCUCGGACUCCCUGCAGGAGCUGAGAAAGUUGCUGGUGGAGUCAGUGCAGGUGGUUGACAGGGAUCCAGAAGAGGAGGCCUCUUGUUCCCCAGGAAACCAGGAAGAAGAGACUGCCACAAAGCACACAGCACACCACCAGGCCACUGCCUCUGACCUGCUCCUGGGACCACAAUGCUGGGAGACCCCCAAGGCACCGCCUGAGCCUCAGCCAGGCCCUGGAGAGCUCACUCACGGCACCCCUGAGCAGGAGCUCAUAGCCAGGGCCUCCCCGCAGAAUGCCCAUGAGGGAACAGAGGCCCUGGGCGCUGAGAGCCAGGGCACCCCAGCUGUGGGCAGCAUGGGCCCAGAGGAAGCCAAGGUGGCCAGUGCUCACGCAUGCCAGUGGGUGGUAGAGGUGGACCCCACCCCCACAGAUGGCGCAGGAGAGAGGGAAGGUGGUCAGGAGACUUCUCAGUGA